AUGGCUAUGGUAACUUCCUCAAAUGAAUUUUAUGUUGAAAGCAAUCAAUUCCCAAACGGACCAACCAGCAGGACUACUUCAGAACAAACCGUGGGUAUGUUUAAUAAUAACUUUGAAGGAACGCUUCAGUCGCUUAUGAACGUUCAAAAACAGAUAUCAGAUAUGAACCAUGUUAUUAAGCAAAAAGAUGAGGAAAUAAAACAGUUAAAAGAAGAAAACGAUAAAUUGAAAAAGGAGAUAAAGCAAUAUGCAUCCUUCAAAUCUACUGAUCAUCUCGUAACAGGACGUAACAAUGGACAUAAAAUAGAUGAAUUGAAAAGAGCCGUUGGGAAAGUUAUUGAAGAAGUCCUAUCAUCAGAGCAUCCAACCCGGCCCAUAAACCAAAGGACCACCUACAAUCCUGCAUCAACAGCACCUACAACAUCCACCACCAUUCAUCCCGUUUCCAUUCAAAUUUCAAACCCUGAUGUUAAUAACCCGUUAGCUUCCACAAAUGAUUCUAAACCUAUUACACCUAUUCUUCCAGACGAAUCUACGGUAAUUGCUGGUAACCACAUGAAUCCCUCCAGUAACAAUAAUCAAGAACCAAACUUUGAGUAUGGUAAUCAACAUACGAUUUUCGUUUCAUGGCCUGGUACGAUGUCAAUAGAUAAUUUACGCGAACUAUUUGACAGUCAAGAUAUUGAAGAUAUUCGCUACAUGACGCAAAAACAAUUUGCCCACGUGGAUAUGAAAUCUGAACAAGCUAUGCAAAAGGCUUUAGAUGAAGAACGAAUCGCAAGGUAUAUUACGGGUGGAAUGUGGCAAACCACAUACACGUUCAACAAUCAUAAUAAUCAUCAUAACAAUCAUAACAACCAUAAUGCCCCUUACCUUAACAACACUUCACCUGAGAAUGAAAACGAAGGUAUUAAAAAAUGGAAUAGUAAUCCUUAUACAGAAAGUGGCGAUCAACAAAAUGGUUCAGCUUUUGGUCAAAAACAAGAACACAUUAAAUCAAAUGGAGAGAUGGUUUGA